ACGUCUUCUCCCCCGCUAGGGUGGUGUGUAGGCGACUUUGUUCAAACUUCGAAAUUGAUACAACUAUUAUUCAGUACGGACGGAGUGCUCAAAAUAUAUUAUUCAUUUCCACAAUUCCUCUUCCAAAGCUUGCUUUAUCGGAUUCAGAAAUCUCCCGUUCACGCAGUCGAAUCGUUGUUUGUCUCUGCUUCCUUCCUUGUUCCUCGCUGGUUUGCUCCCGAUACUUUUUGUUUUUCUAGGGUUUCGCGUUGUCCGAUCGGAGGUAUGGAUUGGGGAAACGUGACAGCGGAGGAUCUGAUCGAGGCGCUCCGGGAGGUUGACUGGUCAUCGCCGCCGCGUCCACUCUCCGAAUUCUUCUCCCGAUUCACUGUCCCCCGCUCCUAUGCCAAAUGGAACAGCCGCCUCAAGUGCAAUCUCUACUACUACCGGACAAAUUACUUCCUCAUGAUUGUUUUUAUUCUUGGAAUGGGAUUUCUUAGGAGACCACUAGCUAUUGUUGCUGCUCUUUUGACAGCUCUAAGCAUUGCUUUUCUGAAUGACAGCUUUGCAGGUGCUUUUAAUGAAAAGGUGACAAGAACUGUCAGGCAGUUCUCUCCACAUUUAGCUGCAAAAAUGAGGCCUCCCCUCACACCUGUUAUUCGAGGGCGCCCAUCAGCCAAACGAGCAAUAUAUAUCUGUGGACGACCCCGCUGGGUGUUUGUCUUGGUGUUCUCUACUGUGAGUUCAAUCCUUUGGUUUGUCUCCUGUGGUCUUCUAACCGUCUCAUGGGCAUUAUCUGUUGGCCUUCUUGCCACACUUGUUCAUGCAAGCUUCCGAACUCCUAACUUGAAAGCUCGUCUGAACACAUUCCGUGAAGAAUUCCGAGCUGUCUGGCGCAAUUACAGUGAACUCUAGUUUCUGAAGAUUAUUGCAUGGGAUUAAUCAGUGAUGGAGAUUGGACGCCGCGCUCAAACUGCUACUUCUAGUGGUGCUAAGUAGAUAAAUUUCUUUGUUGGAGAAGGUAGUUUUAUCAGUUACUGGCCACCAUAAUUGCAGAGGCCAUUUGUAAAUGGAUUUGAAGUUACUUGUAUGGACUUAUGCCAUUCUUAAAUGCAUGAUUGCUAAAACAUUUCUCAUAAUUUCUGCCUGCCUGUAGACUGUAGACUCUGGUGUUUCUGAAAAACUAUUGCCACUUCUUUUCUAAAGGUAUGUUAAUCCAGUUAUUAUUA